AUGACCCAGCCGACGCAACCUCACCUGCCGGAGAAGUUCACCGAUGGGACUCUCCUCGUCGACCCGCACCGAGCGACGCGGGCACAAGACGACGACGACGAGAAGGUGGACGAGGUGGACGAAGCUGAGUUCGGAGAUGUAACAGGAGGGCCGCCUCCGCGCCCUCGCGGAGCCGAGAUCUCGCGAGACUUCGCGCCUCCUCUCGGUCAGCGGCGCGUGGCCUUGAGGAGCGUCAGCAACGUUGGCAGCGUCGCAGCGAGGCGACGAUGCCAGGACCGGAGACGGCAUCCCAAGAAGACGCAGCUCUGCACCCCCAUGGUGGGGCCCCCACUGCAGGCCGCCGGCAGCAGCGCCGGCAGCGGCGGCGGUGGCGGCAGCGGCGCCGCCUGCGCCCAGGACGCGGGGGCCCCGCCGGCGCCGGCGCGCAAAUGCAGCCGCCGUGUGUCGUCCAGCGACGCCCACUCGGCCGUGUCGCGCGACCUCCGACCCCUGCUGCCGCUGCCCACUCCUGCCGCCGUCGCGUCGUCGUCGUCGUCGUCGCAAGGCGGUGGGAGCGACCCGCUGGCGCGCAUGCAGUUGCUGACGCUCAACGACGCUCGCACGUCGCCAGGCGGGAGGCCCCAGGAGCGCGACCGCCACCGCGAGCUGGCGCUCACGCUGCAGCAGCUGGGCAUGUGCUCCGAGGCCAACUACGCCAACGAUCUCUACCUCUACAUGAUGCGGCGCCAUCAGCACCAGCAGUUCCGCGUCUCCGACGUCCCCCAGGCGCUGACUCAGCGCAUGCGAGGCCUGCUCGUCGACUGGCUCGUGCAGGUGCAGGUGUACUUUGAGAUGUCGGAGGAGACGCUGUACCUGGCCGUGUACCUGCUCAACGCGUACCUGCGCGUCGCCGAGCUGCACGUCCCCACGCUGCAGCUGCUGGGCAUGACGUGCCUCUACGUGGCCUGCAAGGUGGAGGAGAGCUCCGUGCCAGAGGUGCACAUGCUGUGCUACCUGAUGGAGCACACCUACCGCAAGGAGCAGCUGCUGCGCAUGGAGCGCCUGCUGCUGGAGCGGCUCAAGUUCAGCCUCUACUAUGUCCAGCCGCUGCACCUGCUGCAGGUGCUGCUGCAUCUGUCGGACGCCUGCCAGGAGAUCACCUUCCUGUCCACGUACCUGAUGGAGCUGUCGCUGAGCGACGUCGACUCGGUGACGUUUGGCGCCAUGCAGCUGGCGGCCGGUGCACUGUGCCUGGCGCGGCACGUGACGCUAGAGUACCGGCACGGCGUGAUGGGCAUCGUCGACGGGGAGACGGCGUGGAACGACACGCUCGGCUACUACUCCUCGUACAGCGAGCGCCUGCUGUACCGCUGCAUGCACCGCAUGUCGAGCCUCGUGCUGGCAGCGCAGUCGUCGCGCCUGCGCUCCUCCUACACCAAGUUCUCGGCGCCGGCGUGGCUCGGCGUGAGCCAGUGCCCCGCCCUGGACGCCUCGCGCUUCCUCAAGUUCUGCGCCGUCGACGUCUGCGACGGCGCCCCGCCGUGA